GUCGUCGCAUUUCCUGUAGCCCACCCUAGACGGAAAUGCAAACUUGGCAACGUGCCGGGGAAGUUGUCUAGUGGAAAACAGUUUGUGUGCCCACUGGAGGUUGACAUUUGUGUUGAAUGUGUUCAUUGUGGCUGGUGUAUUGGAACAGAACUGAAAAGGCUGUACGUUUGGUUUAGAAAUCAAGGUGCAAGUGACCCCGUAAAAGAAGAAAGAAAAAGAAGCUCUGAUAUGGAAGAAGAGACUCGUGAAUUUCCACAAGGGCCUUUAGAUGCUCCUUGCAAAUAUUUUGUCAUGGCCAGAAAUUUUAAUUGCAGUGAGCAGAAGGACAGCAUUAUGUAUUCUGCAGUUGCCAAUAAGUAUAUUGAGCAAGAAUAUGUCUGCAUUAAUCAGGAGAAUUGUGAUAAAUAUACACCUAUCUAUAUUGGCAAUGACCAGUCUAAUAAUCAUGUUUCCCUUCAUGUGAGGAGAGAAACUCUGGAUGGGCCCAUACAUGUUAAGGAAGAACAAUGUGAUGAUGAGUGGGCUCAUCAUGAUGAAGAAGAGGGGUGUGACAACGAUUGGCAUGCUCAUGUUAAUAAAGAGCAGUGUGACAACAGGUGGCCUGGCCAGAUUAAAGAAGAGCAAUGUGACUAUCAAUGGCCUGUCUGGAUUAAAGAAGAGCAACGUGACAAUCGGGUACCAGUCCAGGGUGAAGAAGAGCAAUGUGGCCAUCAGUGGCCUGACCAGGUUAAAGAAGAGUUUUGUGACCAUCAUUUGCAUGUCAUUGUAAAAGAGGAGCAUUCUGACAAUGAGUGCCCUAUCCAGGUUAAAGAGGAAGACUCUGAUGAUCAGUGGUUUGUUCAUGUUAAGGAAGAGGACAGCGAGAAUGAACUGGAUUUUGAGAAUGAGGCCCAGAAAAGUGUAUCCGUUUCUGAAAACUCCUCAGAUUCAGAUAACUUUGAUCAUUUUAUGCCUGUUCUGAAAAGACGACAUGCUCCGCUGCAUCUCAACUAUGUGGAAUCUGAUGAAGACUCUUCAGACCAAGAGUGGGAAGAUAGACCGUCCUCUUCUGCCAGCAGACCUCGAACAAAUUUCCAAGACAGUGAGUCAUCCCUGCUGUUUUCUUCAGGCAAUGAACCCUUUCUUCAAGAUGUAAAUGCACAGAACUUUAAAAAGGCAUCCCAAUCACUCAAUAAACAGAUGGCCUCAGUGCCCAUGGAGAUGUUUGCGGAGGAUGAUUCUGAUGCUCCACAGAGAAACCAGGGUGCAGCAAGUCCACACAUCUGUCAGGCUUGUGGGAAGAGUUUUAAAAACGGAGCCCUCUUUCAUGAACAUCAGGCUGCUCACCUGAAAUCGCGACCAUAUCAUUGUAUCGACUGUGGGAAAAGUUUCACCGAAAAGGGCAAUCUUCGGCGACACAAGAAUAUUCAUUCUGGAAAAAUGCCAUUUGCGUGUAACCAGUGUGGGAAAAGGUUCAGAAUGAAAAGCAAUCUUGAAAUUCAUCUAAGAGUUCACACAGGAGAGAAGCCCUAUUGCUGUACAGAGUGCGGAAAGACCUUCUCGAGGAAAAGCCAUCUAAAACCUCACAAGAGAGUUCACACUGGUGAAAAGCCGUAUAGCUGUAGUGAAUGUGGAAGGUGCUUCUCGAUAAAAAGUCACCUUCAGAUCCAUAAGAGAACACAUACAGGAGAAAGGCCAUAUGGUUGCACUGAAUGCGGGAGGUGGUUCUCCAUCAAAAGUCACCUUCAGGGACACAUGAGAACUCACACCGGCGAGAAGCCGUUCCAAUGCAAUGAAUGUGGUAGGUGUUUUGGAAGAAAAAGUUAUCUCAAGGGACACAUAAAAAUCCACAGAAACGAGAAGCCAUACAGCUGUAGAGAGUGUUUGGAACUGUUUUCAGACACGGAAGCACUGUCAUCCCACUUGAUGUUGCACAACAGAGGAAAAUGAGGAACUGCUUAGAAAUAUUUAACAGCUUGUCUUCAUCUUAUUAUAACGUAGCACUAGACAGAUAGCACCCCUUUUCUCUGUUAAUAAAUUGUUUGUGAUUGCACUGUGUAUUUA